GAUCUCACCCUCUCUUUAUUGUGAACUCUCUUCAUCAUCCAUCUCUAACACCAAUCUAUUUUAGAUUCAGCCAUAUCUCUACCGUGCAUCACCAAAAAUCUAAAAUCAAAGCCCAGAUCUCCUGUUUCUUUCUCUCUCCAUAUGGGUUUCGACUCUUCUCCAUGCUGCUCUUGACUAAUUUAGAAUCUGAUAAGUUGUUAUGGAUCCUUUCUCUCUUUCUUUCUUUUUUUCCUUUUCGACUCUUCCUAUGGAUUUUGAUUCUGUCUCUGGUCUUCUAUUUCUGAAAGUUACACAACAUCAAACCAUCUGCUCUCUUCAUCACUGUAAUCCUUCUUUCGUUGGCAAGAUUCCUUUCCCUUUGCUUCAACCAUUCCUGCCGGCAAAUCUUCUUCUUCUUCUUCUACUUAUAGAACCAGUCAAUCUCAUCCAAGCUUUCACCUUUCCCCUCAUCUCCGAUUUCUCCUUCCAUUUUCGAUUUUUCCUCUCAUCUUCAAUCUUUGAUUCAAGACAAAACCAAAACCGGAGGAGGCCAGAGAUCGGUGAUGGUGGUGGUGACGAUAAUCCCUCAUCUCCGAUUUCUCCUUCCAUUUUGGAUUUUUCAAGGAAGCGGUUCAAGAAAGCCGUUGACGUGAUUUUUGGAGAUGGAGUCCGGCAUCCGACUGCAACCAACUCGUCCGGCAUCCGGCUGCAACCAACUCGUCCGGCAUCCGGCUGCAACCAACUUGUCCGGCAUCCGGCAUCCGGCAUCCGGCUGCAACCAACUCGUCCGGCAUCCGGCUGCAAUCAACUUGUCCGGCAUCUGGCUACAACCAUUAAGCUGCUGAACACUCUCAACAUUUUCUGUCUAAACUCUUAAUAAAUGGCUUAACAAAGGAGAAAAGAAAAGAAUAGAGAAGAGUUGGGUUUUGCAAGAAAGCACCGGGCUUAAAUAUAUGUUAGAAAAUUAA